CCCGUAGUGACGUCACACCUAAACAGGAAACGUUGUACUACCGGGUAAUCCAACUGAGUGGAUUUUCUCUUAAAAUAUUUUUUUUUCCCCAGAAUGUCGCAGGAUACAUGGUUACAAAAUUACGAUGCCACUUGUCGGCUGGCACAAGAAAUUGCCGAAAACAUCCACGAACGGAACAGACAGCAAAGAACAGGAGGGAACCCUGCCAAGAUGAACAUGACACUCCGGGCGUCAUUGCAGAAGCUCAAACAGAAUAUUGCCCAGCUCAAAGAGAGUUUGUUGAGGGCUUCAUCAUCACGGCGGAUAAUGCCGUCAGAAGCUGACAGACGACAUAAUCUCAUUGACGACCUGCUGACCAGGGAGAAACAGCUCAAUGGCACUUUUAAAGGGGACAGCACAGAGCAAGGACCUUCCAGAUCAACCUUAAUGGCAGGAGGAGCUGGAAUGAGCGAAGGAGACACGGCCAACCCGUGGCUUAUUAAUGAAACAGAUGAAACCAGGGGGUUGACUUUUGGAGAGAUCAAACAGGAGCAACAACGAAUCAUCGAAGCCCAGGAUGCAGGUCUAGAUGCACUAGCAGCAGUCAUCAGCAGACAGAAGAUAAUGGGACAGGAUAUUGGCAAUGAACUGGAUGAGCAGAACGAAAUCAUUGAUGACCUUGCGCAUCUUGUGGACAAGACAGAUGGACGCAUUCGUAAUGAGACGCGACGAGUGAAGCUGGUAGAAACAAAGUCUGCCUCUUGUGCCGCUUGAGCUGUGAUGUCAUACCAGCAAGACUUCCUGCAAGGACGCCUGUCGGCAUAUUAUUUUUCUGUGUAGUCACCUGUAAACAACAUGAAUUUUAAGUAAGUUUUCAAAGUUCUGGAGAGAAUGACAAAACUUUGUGUCGUGGGAAGGUGGUAAUGGCGCGUUUCACGGACGUUACGAAGAGCUGAACAAAAAAAGGUGCCGCUGAAGUGGUUGUUGUUAGGUUUUCCACCGUAUUGAAUGGUUGCAUUUCUUUUGCAAUGUAGCGAGCCAGAGUGUCUGUGGGUGAACACCAUUUUGUGCUAUUUUGCUUGUAUUUACUUUGCCGACCAAACGCCUCAGUAAGCGUUGGCUGUCAGGAUGAAGGGUGUGUUGCACCUCCAGCGGUAUUUUUUCUUCCCAGUUGGGACAACUGAAAACAGGGUUUAGAAAUUGCCUAAAUCCAGUGGAAGCAAUUUGUUGCUUGUAGAUUUUAACUUUACAAGCAAAUUGCUCAUCUAAGAAGCAAUUUUCAGGCAAAAAAAAUCAUGCACGUCAUGAUCAUUGAUGUAUACUGUACACCUAUUGCCUGUGAUCGAAUCCGCUGGUAAUCAAUCAUGGUAUGUUGUAUUCGUGUAAUAUGCUGUCAAGAAUAAUUUGUCCAUUUUUUCCAAUGUUUUUUCAUCAACCCUUUUAAAGCCGUCUUCAAUUGGAGUUGGUUUCUUGUUUGCUUCCAAAUAUUUGGCGUGCCUGGUUGCUAACGACCGUUGGUGGAGUGUUGAAUUAAUGUGUUACUGUAUUGCCUCCUUUUUCACCCUGUUGCUACCAGUCACAAGCGCCGACCCACGAUCUGAACCAGUACCAUGUUCCUUGCACACCUCACACCAAAUUUCGUAAACACAAUCAUCGUCCUUGACUUUAUAACCAAUGUCCGUGUUCAAUUCUUUCAUCCACUUCCGAACUGUUUUUAACGAGCUGGUUAUGGCGACAUGAGAUGCACCAGGUCUCGGUGGCAGCUG